CCCACCGCAUACCUCGACCACCCUAGCUCACAGGUCCACCUGAGCCGCGCCCUACGCUGCCUUGUUCAUUCCCUCUACACCUCUCACGACCCUCAUACGACCUGCUCCAUGAAUAGUACCAUGACGACCGAAGGCCUGAAGCAGCGGCAGCGGCAGCCGCCCGCAUCCGUGCCUGUAAUCAAGAAGCUGAGAGAAGAGAGGCUUGGGAAAGCCACAGAGCCCACGCCACACCCAGGUGGAAAGAUCAAGCAUGGAGUCGCGAAGCAAGCUCUCCGCAUGUUCUUGUUCGCCGUGUACUUUAGUACAAGCAUAUUCGCUAUCGCCAUUACGCAAUAUAUCGGCCUUCCGCUAUACUUCUACAGCAAGGACCUGUUUUACGCCUGGAUGGCGUUGUCAAAGCAGCAUUUUGGCAUUGUGUCAACCACCAUGACGUAUUGGUGGGCACCGGUCAAGAUGCGGAUCAGUGGAGAUGAGAGUGUGAGGGGACAGUUCAGGAAGACCGAGGACGGAAGACUAGAAUGCGACUUCCCAGAACGCAUGGUCCUCGUCUCGAAUCACCAGAUUUACACCGACUGGGUCUACCUCUGGUGGAUAUCCUAUACCGCCUCCAUGCAUGGCCACCUCUACAUCAUUCUUAAAGAAUCCAUACGAUACAUCCCUAUCCUCGGAACCGGCAUGAUGCUCUACGGCUUCAUCUUCUUAUCGCGCAAGUGGUCUACAGAUAAGGAGCGCUUCCAGCACAGGCUGAAAAAGCUGAGCACUAGCCACAGCGGGCCACUGUCAGGUUCCAAGGGUCUCGAUCCUAUGUGGUUGCUCAUAUUCCCUGAAGGCACAAACCUGAGUGACAACGGCCGCAUUGCGAGCAAGAAGUGGGCGGAUAAAAACAAUAUCGAGGACCUGAGACACGCUUUGCUUCCACGCAGUACAGGCUUGUCGUUUUGUCUGCAGGAGUUGAAGACUACGGUUGACUACAUGUACGAUUGCACACUAGCCUAUGAAGGUGUUCCUGUCGGACAAUAUGGCCAAGAUCUCUUCACACUCCGUGGUACAUACUUCCAAGGCCGUCCCCCGAAAUCCGUGAAUAUGCAUUGGCGCCGCUUCCGCGUCGCUGACAUCCCCACUCAUGAUGAGAAAGUCUUUAGUGAUUGGCUGCUCGCCCGCUGGCGUGAGAAAGAUGACCUCUUACAAUAUUUCGUCGAGAAUCAGCGAUUUCCAGCGGACGAAGGCGUCACACCCAACGUCAACGGGGGGAAGCCGCUAGAGGGCGCUGGCUGGAUCGAAACAGAAGUCCGGCCUGUAAAUUGGUACGAAUGGUUACAGAUAUUUGUCCCAUUUACUGCGCUAGCACUGGUCAUCAACGUCAUUCUAAAGAUGGCGAAUAUUGUCUUGAAGGUGUUAAGAGUCAAGUAGAGCAGCGUCAAGAACCCUACCUUGGCGUGUCAUGAUGAAGACAAUGACAAGAUGUUUAGACUAGACGAGACCAGACGGGAUCAGGAGGUCCUGAAAUCGGCC